AUGUCCCGCAGCGGGCCGGUCACCCAGGACUGGGAGCCCGUCGUCGUGCGCAAGAAGCUGCCCAACGCCGCCGCCAAGAAGGACGAGAAGGCCGUCAACGCCGCCCGCCGCGCCGGCGCCGACAUCGACAUCUCCAAGAAGCAUAAUGCUGGGACAAACAAGGCUGCCAAUAGCGGCACAUCGCUCAACACAAAGAGGCUUGAUGAUGAUACAGAGAAUCUUGCUCAUGAGCGUGUGCCGUCAGACCUGAAGAAGGGCAUUAUGCAGGCUAGAAUGGACAAGAAACUCACACAGGCACAGCUUGCACAGAUGAUCAAUGAGAAGCCACAAGUCAUCCAGGAGUACGAGUCUGGCAAGGCCAUCCCGAACCAACAGAUCAUUGCUAAGCUGGAAAGGGCUCUUGGUACAAAGCUGCGAGGCAAGAAGUGAAGGCCGGCUCACAUCUGACAGGAGCUCAGGCUUUCAAGAGAGCUUGGCUGGGCAAGUUUUACCGCUAAAAUUGAUGUUGGCUAAGACCUUAUAGAGCCAGUCUACUAAAUCAUGCGACCCUAAGAAACCC